AAUAAAAAACGCCAGUUUCUCUUCCACCUUCGAGGUGCUAUCAUGUGCUCCAAGCGGACUCUCGCGCUUCCAGAGGUGCAAGAAGAGGACGACGAAGAUGCUGCAUCUGGCAGCCAACAGUCGCAAUUUCAAGUGCAGAUAAUUGUAACGCCCAUACAGGGAUGUGAUGGGGGCGCUGAGAUACGGGUCAUGGGGGGCACUCCGAGAGCCACGACUAAAAAGCUUCCUCCAAUACACACGCACGGUAAUUCAAGGCGCAGUUCACUAGAGUCUCCAUCUGCUUAUUCCAUAUGCAACAGUGUUGAAUCAAGAAGCAACAAUUUCAUCGAUUUUAAUAGAACCAAAAGUAAAACAUAUAGUAAAGUGGGUCGAAAAAUCAUCAACAGAUCUCCAAUAUUGAAGAAUGACGCGAACUCACCGACCAUGCCACCGCCACAAAUUACAGGCGAUCAAAUUUCUGAUUACCUCAUCAGCCAUCCGGAUUUCCUGGAGCGCUACAUUAUGGAAGAGGUUGAAGUGGAGCAACUGGAAAGGUGGAUCAUACGUAAAUCUCAACGUUUAAAAAAGAAACCGGAAAGUGCGAGCAGGAACGGCCGGAAAACCAGUCUUUCGAGAUGGAAGUUUUGUGUACACGCCGACAAACGCCAGAUGCUGCAGGAUCUCACUCACAGCCUACAACUAAGGCCUACGAAAGAUCACGUCCUGUGGGAAUUGGCCAACUGCAUUUGUUCUGCCGUUAAUGCAGACGGGUUUAGGUUGUAUCUGGUGGAUAAAGGUGAUCCCGAAAGUUUAGCCCUCUUUUUAGGAAUUGAGUGCAAGAAUGAAAAUGGAGAGCCCAAGUUACAGAAAAUAAAAAGUGGAGUCAGCGUUCCAUUGUAUGUUGCCAAAACUCUUGAACCUGUGAGACUUUCCAGAGGCGAGGCAGAUCCUCGUUUUCCGGAUGGAAUACCAAACGAUGGGGACAUCGCCCAUGUUUUAUGUCAAGCGCUAAUGCAGCCCGACGGGCAAUUAGCCGCAGUCCUCGAAAUGUGGCGUCGCGAGCACGAGGGCCCCUUCUACGAAGAGGACGAGGAAAUCGCAUCCAGUUAUCUAGUCUGGGGUGGGAUAGCUCUGCACUACGCCCACCUUUAUCUCAACAUGAACAAGCAGAAGAAGCUCAACGAUUUUCUCCUGGCUGUGGUCAAAUCGAUUUUCCAAGAUAUGGUCAGCAUGGACAUGCUGGUGAUGAAAAUAAUGAACUUUGCUCAAAGACUAGUGGAUGCGGAUCGCGCGUCCCUAUUUCUGGUUGACAAUAAGAGCAAAGAAUUAUAUGCCACUAUAUUUGAUGUGGGAGUUGAGAAAGAUCAAGUUGAAUGUUCGAAUGGCAGCGGUGACAACGAGGAGUUUGGGAAAGUCGACACGUCAAAGGAGAUUCGGUUUCCUCUGGGGACGGGAAUCGCAGGCCAGGUGGCUAUGACCGGGGAAGUUCUCAACAUCAAAGACGCCUAUGCUGAUUCGAGGUUUAACCGCACGGUCGAUCAACUUACAGGUUAUCGAACCAACACCAUCCUCUGCAUGCCCAUUUUCAUUCGAGGCUCAGUGAUCGGCGUGGUCCAGAUGGUGAACAAACAUUCCGGCCUAUUUACCAUCGAGGACGAGGAAGCGUUCGAAAUGUUUGCCGUUUACUGUGGACUGGCCUUACAUCACGCCAAACUUUACGACAAAAUCCGCAAAUCCGAGCAGAAAUAUAGAGUGGCUCUCGAAGUAUUAAGUUACCACAAUAGCUGUACCGAGGAGGAAUAUCAAAUUGCAGUGCGCGAGGGAAUUCCGGAGAAAAUUGUAGGAAUCGACGAUUACUACUUCAAUCCCUUCCAAAUCGAAGAUUUCCAUAAAGCCAUCUACGCGAUGUACAUGUUCAUCGACCUCUUCGGCCUCGCCAGAUUCGACAAGAAUUGCCUCAUGAGGUUCUCGCUCACUGUGAAAAAGAAUUACAGAAGGGUGCCCUAUCAUAAUUGGACGCACGGCUUCUCCGUCGCCAACUCCAUGUACAGCCUCAUAAAGCAUUCGGCGGGCGCUUUUCGCCCAAACGAAUGCCUGGCAUUGUACAUAGGGGCACUGUGUCAUGAUCUCGACCACCGCGGGAAGAACAACAAAUUUAUGUUGGACACGGAAUCGCCUCUGGCUGCCAUCUAUUCCACAUCCACCAUGGAACACCACCAUUUCAAUCAAACGGUGACCAUUUUGCAACAGGAGGGCCAUAAUAUCUUUGCCAAACUCUCGAGUUCUGAGUACAAACAAGUCCUAAGUUUGCUUAAGCACUGCAUCCUCGCCACCGACUUAGCAGUGUUCUUCCCCAACAAAGCUAAACUAAGCCAAUUGGUCCAAAGCAACGCGUUCUCCUGGAACAACUUAGAGCACCGGUUAUUACUGCAAGCCAUUUCGAUGACCGGCAGUGAUCUCAGUGCGAGCGCCAAGCCGUGGGACAUCCAAGUCGAGACCGUUAAAGUCAUCUUCGAGGAGUUUUACGAGCAAGGAGAUGCCGAAAGACAAGCUGGCAGAAAACCCAUUCCGAUGAUGGACAGGCACCAGCCGGACCAACAAGCCGCCUCUCAAGUGGGCUUUUUGACGGGAAUUUGUGUUUCUUGCUAUAGUUUGCUUUAUACUUUGAUUCCUGAAACUAAACCGUUAUUGGACAUGUGUCAGGAAAAUUUGGAGCGUUGGCGGAAAAUCGACAAUGAAAUCAAAGAAAAACAAAUACAAAACUGAUCAAAUCAAACAACACGUUCCUCCUUUGUCGUUUAUUGUCAACAAAUGUUUUAAUGUUUAAGUAAGAGAUGUGGUAGUUUAGAACAUUCAACCUUUCGUAGUGCCUUUAGGUUUUAUGAUUAAAUUACGAAAUAAUUUUAUUUUUGUACAUUUUUUUCGAAUCGUAAUAAAUGUAAGUGGAUUACAGGGUGUUCAAGAAUCGGGGCACCAACUCUGUGGAAAAUGGCAGGUAGGUUAAAAAUUGUAGAAAAAACUAGGUAUUAAAGUCUUCGAUAAAUAAUGUGGCAACUAUGGAUGACUAUAAAUUAGGAGACGAAACGCAAGAUUUUCUGAACCCAAAAAAAUAGUACGGCAGAGUAAAAAUGAGGGCGCUUCCAGCGUUAUACAGUCUCGGUGCCAAAUCAUUAUAAAUAAAUUUAAAUCCAAACGAUUCACUAAUUACUUGGAAAAAAUGCGUAAAUGUUAAGCUUUGCAUUCUUAGACUGAGAAAAAUUGAUGACUAAAAUUUUCGUAAGAAACAUGGUCCCGUAUUUUUCAAGACGCUGCGCAUACGGUUAAAGAUACAAGAAAAAAGUUAAGAAGAAAUUUGUAGAGAAUUAAAUUUUCCUUAAAAAAGUCCGCGAGACUGUAUCUCUAUCUUCAACGGUUUAGGACCUAAAGACGAUGACACGACGAAUUUUUUCAUUUUAGCGGUGGUCAGGUAACGGAAAGUUAAUUUAUUCCUAAACUAUAGAAGAUAAAAAUAUGGUGUCGCGGACUUUUUUGUAGGAAAUUUAAUUUUCUACAACUUUGUUCGUUACACUUUUUUGUAUCUUUUACCGUAUUCCCAACGUUUUGAUAAAUAUGCGACGGUGCGCAAAGAAUUACCGCUUAAAGUUAUCAAUUUGCGUUCCACCUUAUAUUUUUGUGAACGCUAUGAAUACGGUUGAAGAUACAAAAAAAGUGUAAAGAACAAAGUUGUAGAGAAUUAAAUUUUCUACAAAAAAGUCCGCGACACCAUAUUUCUACCUUCAACCGUUUAAGUAUAAAUUAAUUUUCCAAUACUUGACCACCGGCAAAAUGAAGCAAAUCCGUCACUUGAGCGUUUUUGAACCACUUUGGGGCCUAAAUGGUUGAAGAUAGAGAUAUAGUUCGAACUUUUUUGUAGGAAAUUUAAUUUUCUACAACUUUGUUUCUUACACUUUUUUUGUAUCUUUAACCGUAUUCCCAACGUUUUGAUAAAUAUACGACGGUGCGCAAAGAAUUACCGCUUAAAGUUAUCCAUUUACGUUCCACCUUAUAUUUUUGCAAACGCUGUGAAUACGGUUGAAGAUACAAAAAAAGUGUACGGAACAAAAUUGUAGAGAAUUAAAUUUUCUACAAAAAAGUCCGCGACACCAUAUUUCUAUCUUCAAUGGUUUAAGUAUAAAUUAAUUUUCCAAUACUUGACUACCGGCAAAAUGAAGCAAAUCUGUCGCUUGAGCGUCUUUGAACUACUUUGGGGACUAAACAGUUAAAGAUAAGGAUAUGGUCUCGGGGACUUUUUGAUAGGAAAUUUGAUUCUCUACAACUUUCUUCCUAACAUUUUUUUUAUAUCUGUAACCGUAUUCGCAGCGUUUUGAAAAAUAUGGGGCAGAGUUCAAAUUGGUAAAAGUUUGAUUUUUUUUUAAAUAUUGUUUACGAUAAACUUUUUGCAUUAUAUUUAUGUCCUACUAUUGUGAAUUUAAUGCUCUGUCUGUCGUAUUUUUUACGUUUGUUAUACAAAUACAAUAUUUUUUUCAAUUUUACUAUUCUGAAAACUUAGGUAAUGGAACGACUGCGCUCUCUGGCGACAUUAACGGAACUAUCGAAAACUGGUACGUUUUAUUUGUACGUCCUUUCAUAUCCUAACCUUUAAAUAUCCGUAGUGGCAACGUAUCUAACAAUCGUGACCGCAAUAUAAUUUGAUUAACAAUAAUUUUAAUAUUUUUUCAAGAUUUUUUCCGUGAUCUACACUUACUUGCUUAGUUGGUGUGCCAAUUUUUGAACACCUUCUAUUUCAGAUUUUCUAAACUGUGAAUGCUUCAAACUGUAUACACUACAAAGCAAUAUUUUACCUACAUGUUUUCUUAUAUCGAAUAUUUUCAAUUUACAGAAUCAAAAUGAUUACUUCUGAACAUUUUUCUACAGUAUUGAUAUCAUAGGUAUUUAAAAUAUGUAUCAACGUCUGACCAAACUGUAUAUACUGAUUAUGUGUCUCUUUUUAAAGUGUCUUUAAAAACAGGAUGUUGGAUGGAAAUCGUCCACUAUAAAAUGUGUCCACAAAAAAUUUACGAGCUAACGGUGGAAUUAAUUAAAAAUUGUUAAUUCGUUUUAUGGCCACGUUAUAUUGGACGUUUUCUAUUAAAAGUCUUGUGAAAAUUAUCUAUUUUUUGUAUAUAAUAUUAAAUUAGUUGAAUCCUUUUAGCUCUUGAGAUGUAUUUAUUAUUAUAUUUCACAAUAUUGUUUCUAGUCCUCAUACGUGCUGUAACGUUUUAUUAACAUUAAUAUUGUUUUUAUUUUAAGUAGAAUAGUUAAUUUGACGAUGAAAUUGUUUUAUGUACCUACCUAUUUUACGUCUCCAAAUAAAAAUUAUUUGUGUUUA